AUACAUAGAUUGGGUGAUAAUAAUGAUUAGUAAAAUAAUUAUCAGAACUUGGGGGGGUAAUGGAAGACAACAGAUGAUUUCUAUAUUCGGAGGGAUGGAUGCAGACCCAAGAGGUGAGAAUUUUUUUGAUAUGUUGAAAAAAUCAUUCUGUCCAAGACUUAAACUUAUUUCAUUUACUACAAUAGUCUCAGCAUUGAUUAUAAUUCUAUACAUCACAAUGUUAGGAGUUGGAGGAAUAAAUAAACAUGAUCGAUUUUUAUCAGUUUAUGAGAAAACCUUGAAUGAUUUUGGUGGAAAUGAUCCAGAUGAUGUUAAAUCCAACUAUGAAAUUUUCAGAUGGGUGACAUCCUUACUCUUAGUUGGAGACUUCUAUAAUCUAAUACUUGCGAUCUUUAUGAUAUUAAUAUGCUAUUCGAUAUUAGAAGCCACAUAAGGAUUGAAUUUAACAUUAAUAGUGUUUUUUGGGGCAGGAGCAUGUGGUGCCCUAUUUGGAGAUUUGUGCAAUAUUUGCAAAUACAGAACUUACUCUGAAACCUUUUCUUGCAUAUACGCUUGUGUAGGGUUCUUGAUAGGAUACAUAAUUCUAUAUUGGAAGAAAUUAGAUUCUUUGGGUGAAAUGAAAUGCGCUGUGGUGUGUUUCGUUGCUAUAGUAGUAAUAUUUGUUAUGAUCUUCACUUUUGGAUCUGGACAAAAUAAUUUUUAUGACAAUUUUGGAGAAUUGGGAGGUUUCUUGGGAGGUUUAUUCAUCGCCAUGAGUUUGGUUCAAGUGCCUUAGAGUGGGGAAUUUGAGGGCAUAUGUAGAAAGGUCGGAUAUGGAUUUCUGGGAGUGCAAGUUGGAUUGAGUAUAAUUUUGUUAUAUUCUUUGUCAUGCAGCUGA